AUGACAAAUGAAGUUGAGUUUGAGCAGUUACAGCCCAAGUUCCAGCAGCUUGGGUUGAAGAAUUCUGGUGAUGAGCAUCAACAGUUUCUUCAAAGUUAUGCCACCCAACGACAAGAGCUCCAUAAGAAACAGCGGGAAGAGCCACUCUUGAAAGAGAAUAAGAAGCGGUUUGUUAUGUAUCCAAUAAAGUACCACGAUAUCUGGAAUAUGUACAAGAAGGCAGAGGCAUCGUUUUGGACCGCCGAGGAAAUUGAUUUGGGAAAAGAUUUACAUGAUUGGAACUACCAGCUCAACGAAGACGAGAAAUUCUUCAUUAGUCGAGUGUUGGCAUUCUUUGCUGCUUCUGAUGGUAUUGUCAACGAGAACUUGGUGCUGAACUUCUCAACUGAAGUACAAAUACCCGAAGCUAGGUGCUUUUAUGGAUUUCAAAUCAUGAUGGAAAACAUACAUUCAGAGACAUAUUCAUUACUUAUCGAUACAUACAUUCAAGACCAAGAGAAAGCAGAUUUCCUCUUUAAUGCGAUAGAAACCAUUCCUUGUAUUAAGGAAAAGGCUGAUUGGGCCCUUCGAUGGAUAUCUGAUAAGGAUGCCUUAUUUGCAGAACGAUUGAUUGCCUUUGCAGCAGUCGAAGGAAUCUUCUUUUCUGGUUCAUUUGCUUCUAUAUUUUGGCUCAAGAAACGGGGGCUCAUGCCUGGGUUAACGUUUUCCAAUGAAUUGAUUUGUCGCGAUGAGGGUCUUCAUACUGAUUUCGCUUGUCUUUUAUACUCUCAUCUAGAUAAUAAGCUUGCUCCGGAAAUUGUCGACCGGAUCAUCAUGGAGGCAGUGGCGAUUGAAAAAAGAUAUUUUGAUGAUGCUUUGCAAGUAUCAUUAUUGGGGAUGAAUAGCAAUUUAAUGAAUCAAUAUGUGGAAUUUGUCGCAGAUCGAUUGUUGGUGGCUCUUGGGAGACCUAAGAUUUUCAAAGUUAGUAACCCAUUUGAUUUCAUGGAGAAUAUCUCGUUGGCUGGCAAAACCAAUUUUUUUGAAAAGCGUGUCAGUGAUUAUCAGAAAGUUAAAGUGAUGGAAAAGUCAAGUGAUAAUAAUAAAACUCAUCCAACUAAUACUGGAGAAUUUCCGCUAGAGUUUGACGAUGAUUUUUGA